GCCAUGUCAGAAGGGGAGAGCAAGGACAGCUCGGGCAGCGAGUGCCCCGUGUGCUACGAGAAGUUCCGGGACCUGGAGGGCGCCAGCCGGACGCUGAGCUGUGGCCACGUGUUCUGCCAUGACUGUCUGGUCAAGUACCUCCUCUCCACCCGCGUGGACGGGCAGGUCCAGCGGACCAUCGUCUGCCCCAUCUGCCGCUACGUCACCUUCCUCAGCAAGAAGAGCUCCCGCUGGCCCUCCAUGCUGGACCGCAGCUCCCAGACCCUGGCCGUGCCCGCGGGCCUGCCCCCGGGGCCGCCCGCGGCCCACGCCCGGGGCCACACCGGCCCCACGGCCGCCGCCCAGCCCGUCUGGAGAGCCUCCCCGGGUCCGAGUCCCCAGCUGCCCUUGGACUUGCUGUCCAGCCUGCCCCGGGAGCCGCAGAUCUUCAUCAUCAGCCGCCACGGGAUGCCCCUGGGGGAGCAGGACAGCGUGCUGCCGCGGCGCAGCCUGGCCGAGCUCUCCGAGGCGGCCCCCGCGCCCAGCUCCACCCGCUCCUUCUGCUGCCGCUCCCGGGCCCUCCUGCUCAUCACCCUCAUCGCCGUGGUGGCGGUGGUCGCUGCCAUCCUGCCCUGGGUGCUGCUGGUGAGGAAGCAGGCGUGA